AUGGUCAAGCGACCGUCUUGGUUGGGUGGCUCACGCGCACGCGCACACUCACAUGCCCCGGGCAACGGAUCGUCAACACCGCAACCCUUGGCCGCUGCAUCGAUCGAAAGCGGACACACGACGCUUGCUACACGCUCCGCGGAGAAGCUAGCGCCUGACGCUGCCGCAAGCGCCAAGAACACGAAGCUCAAAAGGGAGGGCGGCAUCGACGCGGUCAUCGUCGGAGCCGGGCUGUCUGGCCUCAUCGCCGCCGAUGAGCUCUCGCGCGCCGGCCUCAAGGUCAAGGUGCUCGAGGCCAACGAUCGCGUCGGUGGCAGGACGCUCGACAGGCGCCUCGACGGCGGCAAUGCCAUCGAGAUGGGUGGACAAUGGAUCGGCCCAGGCCAGACCGAGAUCCUGCAACUCAUCCAGGAGCUCGGGCUUGACACGCACAACACCUACGACCAGGGUCAAAACAUCUAUCGCUCAACCUCGGGCAGCGUCAAGCGGUACAACGAGAUGAUCCCCUGUGGUAUCGUCGCGUCGCUCGACUUGCUCAUGGCAACGCGCAAGAUCAACAGCCUCUCCAAAUCCGUGCCUGCCAAGACGCCGUGUCGAGCCAAAAACGCGCGCUACUACGACGAGAGGUCCAUCGGCACAUGGAUCGACGACUCCAUGUGGACCUUUGAAGCCAAGCAGCUCUUUCGCAUGGCCAUCAAGGCGGUGUACGCCGAGGAUGCCGAGUCCAUCAGCUUCUUGGACCUGCUGGCAACCGUCGCAGGCGCAGGCGGUGACAUUGAGCAGGUGCUCAGCGACGCACAAACAACGCGGAUCGUGCAGGGUCCACAGGAGAUCAGCCAGCGUCUCGCCGACCGGCUGCCAGAAAGCACGCUCGAGCUCGGACAAAAGGUGUCUGGCAUCCACAAAGUCGGCGGAGACAUGUACGAGGUCUCGACAUCGCAAGGCGAAACCUACAACGCUCCUGUGGUGGUCAUCACACCUCCCCGACCGUUGAUAUGCCAGAUCGAUUUCAAGCCCCAGCUACCCUCCGGUCUCAUCCAGUACUAUCGUCGACAGCCGAUGGGCUCUGCGAUCAAGUUCAACGUGAUCUACUCGACACCUUUCUGGCGCGAGGCCGGUCUCAGUGGUGCCAUGAUCAACGCCGACGAGACAAGCCCUGUGCAGAUGACGUACGACAACUCUCCUGCCGACGGCAAGCAAGGCGCGAUCGUUGCUUUUGUGCUGGGCAACAACUCUCGGCGCUUUCUGCAUCAAUACCCAGACGCGGAGCAACGCAAGCAAAUUGUGCUCGACUUCCUCGUGACUCUGUUCGGUGCUCAAGCGCGCGAGGCGAUGCAGGUGCUCGAGAUGAAUUGGACGCUCGCGCCUUUCGCCACCGGAGGCUAUGGCUCCUUCAAUCCACCGGGCGUGCUCACCAGCUUUGAAGAGGACGAGCGCGACGAGAUGUCUCGAGUCGGCAACCUUUACUUUGCCGGAGACGCAACGAGCGAGAUCUGGCAAGGUUACAUGGAGGGCGCUCUGCUCUCGGGUCGGCGAGUCGCCAGCCGCAUCGUCGAGAGUUUCGAAGCGCCCAGCGAGGGUGCCAUGUAG